AGGGGGGGGAGUGGCUUCUUCAGUGAAGGAAGUGGAGGAGGAAGCGGCGGAAGCGGAAGAAGAAGAAGAAGAAGAGAAGAUGAUAACUUCGACCGAUUUCUACAACGUGAUGACGGCGGUUGUUCCGCUUUACGUGGCCAUGAUCCUGGCUUACGGAUCGGUGAAGUGGUGGGGCAUCUUCACGCCGGUGCAGUGCUCCGGCAUCAACCGCUUCGUGGCGCUCUUCGCGGUGCCGCUCCUCUCCUUCCACUUCAUCUCCACCAACAACAUCUACGCCAUGAACCUCCGCUUCAUCGCCGCAGAUACGCUCCAGAAGUUGCUGGUCCUGGCGGCGCUGGCCAUGUGGGGCCGCUUCAGCAGCCGCGGCCGCCUUGACUGGACCAUCACCAUUUUCUCCCUCUCCACCCUCCCCAACACCCUCGUCAUGGGCAUACCCCUGCUCAUCGGCAUGUACGGAAAGGACGCCGGUUCGCUCAUGGUCCAGAUCGUCGUCCUGCAGUGCAUCAUCUGGUACACCCUCAUGCUCUUCCUCUUUGAGUACCGCGCCGCCAAGGCUCUGAUCGCCGACCAGUUCCCCGACACCGCCGGCGCCAUCGCCUCCAUCAGCGUCGACUCCGACGUCGUCUCCCUCGACGGCCGUGAGGUCCCCAUCGAGACUGAAACCCGACUCAAGGAGGACGGAAAGCUCCACGUCACCGUCCGCCGCUCCAACGCCUCCCGCUCCGACCUCAACUACCCGCGCCGCUCCGUCGGGGGAUUCUCCGCCGCCACUCCGCGCCCCUCCAACCUCACUAACGCCGAGAUCUACUCCCUCCAGUCAUCGCGCAACCCCACGCCCCGCGGCUCCAGCUUCAACCACAACGAUUUCUACGCCAUGGUGGGCGGCCGGAGCUCCAACUUCGGUGCGGUGACGCCUCGGCCGUCGAAUUACGACGAGUCUGAGAUAGCGACCAAACCUCCGACCCGGCUCCAGUACCAAUUGCCGGUGACUGCCCCCUACCCGACGCCGAAUCCUGCCGUCUUCGCACCAGCUCCCAAAAGGGCGGCCAACGGACAGCCUAACGUCCUUAGAACAGAGGAGGCCGGUAAUAAGGACCUUCACAUGUUCGUGUGGAGCUCCAGCGCGUCGCCAGUCUCCGAAGUGUUCGGAAACGGCAAGGACUACGGUUUGCCGGCGGCGGCAGAGCACCAGGUCACCGUAGGAGUUUCUCCGGCCAAAUUGGACGGCCCGUAUGCAGAGCGAGAGGAGUUCAGCUUCGCCAACAAGACGACAAUUCUGGACAAAGACGGAACAGCUCAGCCUCACGAGGGAGGCGAGGAGAAGGCUAAAAAGGAGGCGGCCGCCGGCAAAGGUGGCCUACGGGAAGUGACUGCCAUGCCGCCGACGAGCGUCAUGACGAGGCUGAUCCUGAUCAUGGUGUGGCGCAAGCUUAUCCGCAACCCCAACACCUACUCCAGCUUGAUCGGCAUCAUCUGGUCUCUCAUCUGCUUCCGGUGGAAUUUCACGAUGCCGAAGAUCGUACUUAAUUCGAUCUCCAUACUCUCCGACGCCGGCCUCGGCAUGGCCAUGUUCAGCCUCGGCCUGUUCAUGGCGCUGCAGCCGAGAAUCAUCGCGUGCGGGAACAAGGUGGCGACUUACGCCAUGGCCGUGAGGUUCCUGGUAGGGCCGUCUGUCAUGGCCGUGGCUUCCUUGAUCAUUGGCCUACGCGGUGUCCUCUUGCACAUCGCCAUUGUCCAGGCAGCCCUGCCACAAGGCAUUGUUCCCUUUGUGUUCGCGAAAGAGUACAACGUCCACCCGGACAUUCUCAGCACAGCAGUCAUAUUCGGGAUGCUGAUCGCUCUCCCCAUAACUCUGGUCUACUACAUCCUCCUGGGAAUUUAACUAUGAAGAAUUGUUUUUUUUUUCGUUUCUGUCGUCGUUAAAUGUUUAACUAUGAAUCCUACGCUGUCUCCUUUUUUUGACAUUGAAUGUAAAGAGUAGUGGAAUGGACUUCCCAAUUCCUCUC